AUGCCGCUCCUCAACCUCCGCGAACUGCUCGCGUUCCCGGACGGCAACAAUGCGACCGACACGGUAAUCAAUGGCAUACACUUCAACCUGACUGCUCUUGAGCAUUUCAACUACACCAUAUACGACAAUGGCACUAUAUCGAACGCAUCGCGAUGCUACCUGAUCUUCAACAAAUAUCAACCCGUCAUGAUGUCCAACGGUAGCUGGAUCAACGGCACCUCCUGCUAUCUUCCCUACUACCGCAUUCACGCACGCGGCGGAGCCGGCAUUGGGUUUGCUUGUAUCUUUGGAGCAAGCAUCAUGUUCACUCUUAUCAAUCUCCGAAAGCACGGGAGGCUGUUUCUGCGUGAAGACAAGAGGUUCAGGGUGAUCGGAAGACGAUGGCAAUGGUACUGGAUGUGCUUUGUGGCCGCAUGCGGCAUGAUCAGCACUAUCGCAAGUGUUGAUGUGGAUCGUUUCUACCUACAGGGCCUCCCUAUCAUUCUGCAAAGCUUCUUCUACACCCUGAUGCUCCCGGGAACCUUGGCCAUGGUCUGGGAAGCUGUGAGACACUGGGGCUCUUGGCAAGAGAGGCAAAUCUACGACCGAGACCCGUUCCAUCUGCCCCAGGAUGACCGGCGUAGCAGGGUCGAAUUCUACCUCCCCUUGGUCUUCUACAUGUUUGCCUGGCUGAGCUUCUUCAUGGAAAUUCCUCGUUCCUGGACCAAGCUUCAAUAUCAACGCUCUCCUUGGCAACAGUCUCAUUAUGCCGAAUCCUCGGCGACCGAUGCGCGCUUCAAAGCAGCUGCCGUCCUCUCGGUGAUGGCUUGGAUUGUCACAAUUGUGUCACUUCAUCAUUCACUGCACCACUAUCGUCCCAAGCCUGAGAGCGGCGGUGUUAUGGCCAGGAUCAACAGUUUCUGUGCGUACUGUCCGACCAAGCUGUUUCUGGCUCUGAACAUACUGGCUAUUCGCCUUGCAUACGCUCUGGCUUCGGCUUGGAUUUGGGACAUCAGCCUGCUGAAGUACGAUGUGCAACCCGGGUGGCCGUACGGACUCGGCUAUGGAACUACGAUCCUGCUGCUGAUUUUGUUCAACGUCUUUGGAUACAUUGAUGCCAAUGAGGAUAAGCUGAUCAUCGAGCAAAGAAGAGAGCGAGGCCACGCGGCAGACGCGGAGCUUGGAAUUACCAUGAAACCAUCUUGGUGGAGGAAGGCACAGGGCGACUUACAUCUGACACCAGAACAACACUUACGCGCUCUCGCUAGUCAAGGCCCUGAAGCAGACCGGCAGGGGCGUGACCUAUCCCCUCCGAGUGCAAAUGUGGAACUCGGCGAUAUGAGCAGGAACCCUCCGGCUUACUACGACGUUCCGAGUAAUGGCCAGAUGCGCAACCGAAGCCGUCAGAGAGCAGACAAUGCAUCCGAGGACCCGUUCCGCGAUCCUCACACCACCGGAGACGGGGAGAGCCGGCACCUGCGUAGAGCUGACAGCGAUGAUAAUGAGAGCACUGCGACUGGCACCACCGAGCGCACUGGCAUGACUGGUGAAACCCUUGCGGAGAAUUAUCCUCCUCCGCAAAGAGUGCGCAGCAUGCUCGACAUUUGA